AUGCCUAAAAAAUUCGGAUACCACUCCUCUGAGCGAAUCCCCCACCCAACGCUGUGCCAGAUGAAAAUUUCACAGACCGCUUUAACCACUUCAAAAUCCCACUCUCUUGAAAACCAACUCGUCUCACCCCUCCAACGCACUCUCUCUUUGAGAACUACGUUGAAACUCACCUCCGUGUCUCGAAAAUGGCCUUUUAUUUCUCGUAGAACAACAAAAAUCGAGAUACUGAGUAUCUUCGACAAAUAUCCCCCCCCUCCCCUUCUAACAGUCACCAAGAUAAAAAAGACCCAUCAGAUUCGUCGAUCUCACUUACAUCUGGGUCACGAAUUAUCCAAUACAAGCUCUUCGCCUCGUCUUUCCACUGCCAAUAUCGGCGUCACGAAAUUAAUUUCAAAAUUCGUUGCGUCCCGUAGUUCAAAACAAAAGCACUCACCAAGAACUCAUCAAAUUCACUCGCCAUGCCCAUAA